UCCGGCUCUCCCCACGCGUGGUCGCCCUCGUGGCGGGGCACGACCCUCUCCUGGACCGCUUCGCCGCCCACGCACUGCUGGAGCCCCGCGGCGCGGCGUGCCCCACCCGAGGCCUCCUCCUGCCCGGCUGGACCGCCGAGGGACGCCGGCGAGGGCCCUCUCCUGCCUGCCCUGGCUUCGCCUGGCACCCCGAGCUAGCCAGCCAAGAUGGCCGCCGCCUGGGAGCGGUCGGGCGCGGUGCAGGGGUGUCUGGGAGUUGUAGUCCCGGCGGGCGCGCUGACGCACUUCGCGGCGGGCCGACGGGCGCCAUUGUGCGCCGCGCGCGGGGACCGUCCGCUCCCACGAGGCACGUCGAGGAAGAGGAAGGGAUGGCCUCCGGGCUUCCGACGGCCUGGUUCUGUGAACCAGUGACCUUUGAAGAUGUAACCCUGGGUUUUACUCCCGAGGAGUGGGGACUGCUGGACCUUGAAAAGAAGUCCUUGUACAGGCAGGUGAUGCUGGAGAACUACAGGAACCUGGUCUCAGUGGAACAUCAGCUUUCCAAGCCAGAUGUGGUAUCUCAGUUAGAGGAGGAGGAAGAGCUCUGGUCGGUGGAGAGAGGAAUUCCUCAAGACACCUUUUCAGAGUGUCCUGAGGCUCAGUUGGACCCUCAGUUGGAUCUUCUUCCUGCUGGGAAUCCCCUGAUGAAGAUUGAGGUCGUCGAAGUCCUCACACUGAACCAGGAGCUCGCUUGUCCCCGGAAUGCCCAGAUCCAAGCCCUCUAUGCUGAAGAGGAGGGCCUGAGUGCAGACGUCCUCAGGGAGCCCACUCAACAGCCAGGCGAGCAUCCAACUGACCCCGAGGCUGCUCGCCAGAGGUUCCGGGCAUUCCGCUUUGAGGAGGUAGCAGGGCCCCGAGAGGCCCUGACCCAGCUGCGUGAGCUGUGCCGCCAGUGGCUGCAGCCUGAGGCGCACUCCAAGGAGCAGAUGCUGGAGCUGCUGGUGCUGGAGCAGUUCCUAGGCGCCUUGCCUGGGAAGCUCCAGAUGUGGGUGGAGUCACAGCACCCAGACAACUGCCAGGAGGCAGUGGCCCUGGUGGAAGAUGUGACCUGGAUAUCUGGGGAGGAAGUGCUGCCCAGCCAGGACCCCACCUGCUCUCUGGAGACCACAGCUCAGCAGGAGGAGGAGCAGGAGGCUGUGGCUGCCCGGCCAGCAAAAGCGCUGCCUGAGGAGCCAGUGACCUUCCUGGAUGUGGCUGUAGACUUCAGCAGGGAAGAAUGGGGGCUACUGGACCCAACGCAGAGGACCGAGUACCACGAUGUGAUGCUAGAGACCUUCGGACACCUGGUCUCCGUGGGGUGGGAGACUACGCUGGAAAAUAAACAGUUAACUCCAAACUCUGACACUCCUGAGGAAGAACCAGCCCAUGACCUGAAAGUGGAAGAAUUCUCAAAGGAUGACGCCUGGUCCUCUACCUCAGAGGACAUCUUGCAGGGUGGGGCCCCGGAAGUCUUGGACGCAGGAUUGAAACACAGGGGGCUUACUCAGGAAAAAACCCUUCCCCAGAAGCAGCUCUGCGAACGCCCCAGAUCCCAGGCAAACGUGGGUCUUGACACAAGCCGCAGUUCACCCCAGAAGACUCUUCCUAGAAAACGCUUGCGCAAGCGUAGCUCACGGGUUAAAAAGAUGAUGCCUAAUCCACGUGUGAAAACUCAUCAGAAGAAAGGAGAAAAUGCCGGGGAGAGCGGUGGCUGUGGGAGAGCCUUCAGCCGGAGUGCUCAGCAGAUCACAUUUACGAGGAUUCGCAAGGGGAGCCAGGUGUGCCGGUGCAGUGAAUGUGGCAAAACGUUCCGGAACCCGAGAUACUUUUCUGUGCAUAAGAAGAUCCACACGGGGGAGAAGCCCUACGUGUGUCAGGACUGCGGGAAAGCGUUCGUUCAGAGCUCCUCCCUCACGCAGCACCAGAGAGUUCACACUGGAGAGAGACCAUUUGAGUGUCGAGAGUGUGGGAGGACCUUCAAUGACCGCUCAGCCAUCUCCCAGCACCUGCGGACUCACACCGGAGCCAAGCCCUAUCAGUGUCAGGACUGCGGAAAAGCCUUCCGCCAGAGCUCCCAUCUCAUCAGGCAUCAGAGGACUCACACUGGGGAGCGCCCCUACACGUGUACCAAGUGCGGGAGGGCCUUCUCCCAGAGCUCGCAUCUCAUCGGGCAUCAGAAAACCCACAGUGGGGUGAAAUGCAAGAAGAAACAGCCCAGCUCCUAGCCCUCCAGCCAGCACUUUUCAACCCAAUCCUGCAGUUGUAACAUGAGCAGGCCUGGGUGGGAUUCAGAACUGAAGUGAAAAACAUUGAGUGAUGAUGUUCUCAAGACCAAAGGGCAACCCUGGAGACUGCCCUGGACAUGAGUAAAUAGGAAAACUGGGGAGGAGUUGUUGCCAGUGAAUAUAACAGUUGGAAAAACAGAUUAGUUUUUCACUCAGUUGAUUUGCUGUUGUAAUUUGUUAAAUUUGAUCAUUGAAAGUGAUAUUAGUGAAACCUUAAAAUUCUUAUUAUAAUGUAAGUUUAAAGAGCCAGGUACCAAAAAGUCGGUGCACUGAUAUUAUAUUUGUGGUAAAGUAUUUAUGUGUUUGGGCAAGGACUAAAAGAGAACAUGGAUAAAUAAACUAUAUUUCUGUGGUAGAAUCUG